AUGUCACUAGAGGACACAAACAGUGAGGCUGGAAAACUACGUUCGCUUCGAGACCGCCGGGCCAAGAGCGCUUCUUCCGUGAUGGACGACAACCACACCAGGAUCCCACAAGAUGCCGCUGCUCAGAAGCUAGCGCAACAAGAGCAGGCUUGUAAAAGUAAGCAAACCGAUGGCCAAAGUGAGAUUACUGUUAUCAAUACAAGCCAACACACCAACGCCAGCGGUGAGAUCCUUAGUAUGGAUGAAAUUGCAAAACUGGCGGAAGUUCGUCAAAGUCUGCAGUCCACAGGACCGGCAUUCGAUGACAAAACCAUCGUGGGCGACAAUUCGACACCUCUUACAGCUUCCUGCAACAGCCAAAAGCAACAGAUGCCACUGCCGGAUGGGGCACCAAAACCAGGCGCAUACUCGGGAGCUCCUGGUAAGAAGAUGGAGAGAAACAGUACGGCGCACUUUUCUCUCCUGGGAAUUGUUGCCACAACGGGACCCAUGGAAGACACAAGUGACAAUGAAAGUCUAGUGUCCAUUCUGGAGGAAGACAAACCUUCCCAGUCAGCCCAUGAUUAUUGCGAGGAGCGUCAGAGUGACAACCAACUAUCGGAAGGAAGCAACCGCGUAUCGUUCCUGACUAAUACCAGUACAUGUAGUUCCAACAGUCAGCCAUUGCCACCGGCACAAAAUGAUCAUACCGAGAAUCCAAUGAGAAAUUCGGUCACCAGGACCCAAAGUGGCUUGGCCGUAGCUGAGUUGGUGGAAGAAGAUGGCACGUCUCGAGAUUUACCAAUGGCGGCCGAAUUCGAUAUGGUUGAUUCAUUACGCAGGAAAGAAGAAUCCAUGAAACAAUUGAAAAGAAAGAUGCAGCUGGCUGUAAUUCUCGUUGCUGUUGCUGUUGCUGUUGUGGUAUUGAUUGCAGUGGUAGUGACAAGAAAGGAAACAAGAAGGCAAGAUGCACGUCCAUCAAUGGGGACACCCUCUACCAUGUAUAUGCGACCAUCAGAUGUGGAAGCGAUGGAAGAUUCCUUGUUGCAAAUACUCCCAGAGGAAACUGUUGAAACCAUAAAGAGACAACCACAGUCACCCCAAUCCAAAGCUUUCCAAUGGCUAGUUGAUGACAUUGGUAACCAAACAUCCCUCUACCAUGACCGAAUCAUGCAAAGAUUUGCUCUGGUUACACUCUACUACGCAACCAAUGGAGAAUCAUGGACAGACAGAAGACACUGGCUCAACCACAGCAUCCAUGAGUGUGACUGGUACAAUAGUUAUGACUUUGGAAUGAAGAAAGCUGUCUCUGUGAGUCUUCCUGGCUACUUGGAGGAGAUGUUCCCUCCAACAGACCUACCUCCCACAAUGUGCCAUGACAAUGGAAUGUACAAAAACCUCUGGUUGAAUCAAAACAAUCUUGUUGGUACAAUACCCGAUGAACUCUUUUGGUUGAUAACUCUGGAAACUUUAUCGCUGGGGUUGAAUUCCUUGUAUGGCACCAUCCCAAGUAGUGUAGGAAGACUGGCCAUGCUGCAAGGGCUAGCAAUCAUGCUCAUGGAGAAUGGUGGAGCAAUACCACGGGAAAUCAGCCUACUUUCAAAUCUGCGAGCUCUCGUUUUGAGUGACAACAAUCAUAGUGGCCCAAUACCAAAGGAGCUGUGGCAGAUGAGCAAUCUUCAAUCCCUUAUACUGAGCAACAUGCCAGAUUUACAAGGCACCAUCCCAGCACAGAUUGGUAACUUUGCCAAGCUCCGCUGGUUUGUCAUUGAUGAUUGUGGUCUCACAGGAGCCAUUCCAACUGAGCUUGGCCAGUUGCAGCAUCUUGAAUGGAUUUCACUGAAUGGAAACAUGUUGACUGGCGCAGUCCCAUCGCAGCUUGGGAUGCUUCCAAGUAUCUUGCUGAUGCUUAUCAAUCAAAACAGCCUUGCUGGGACAUUGCCAAGCGAGCUGGGCCUCCUGACAUCACUUACAUUGCUUCAGGCUGGUGAGACGUCAAUAUCGGGUUCCAUUCCGAGCGAAUAUGGCCUCAUGAUAUCCAUCACAGUUGGCUUUAAUGUCGGCAAAAACCGCCUGACUGGCACAAUUCCUUCUGAGCUCUCAAACCUUGUUUCAGCAAAGUCAUUCAGCCUGGAAGAGAACAGCCUCAAUGGCCCUAUUCCUAGUGAAUUUGGAAAGCUUUCAUCCGUGGAGCGUCUCCUUUUCGCCAACAACUCAUUAUCUGGGACUGUGCCUUGGGAAGUUUCAGUGUUGCAAGGUCAGUCUCUCCAUACAUUGACAAUCGAGGGGAAUCCACUCUUGACAGGCGUGAUUCCAGAGGGUCUCUGCAACAUCAAUGUUACCUGUGUUCCUUCCAGUUUGCUACCUUGUAGUGGCCCGCAUGGACUGUCUUUUGACUGUUCCAGGGAUCUCUGUGGGUGUGGAUGUUCUUGUGGCCGAAACUAG